AUGAACAUCACGAACUGCACUACAGAAGCCGGCACGGCAGUGAGGUCCAAGACCAUCACUGAGAAGAUGCUCAUUUGCAUGACGCUGGUGAUCAUCACUACGCUGACCAUGCUGCUGAACUCAGCUGUGAUCAUGGUCAUCUGUACCACCAAGAAGCUCCACCAGCCUGCAAACUACUUGAUCUGUUCUCUGGCUGUGACAGACCUCCUGGUGGCAGUGCUUGUCAUGCCCCUGAGUAUCAUGUACAUUGUCAUGGAGAGCUGGAAGCUUGGGUAUUUCAUCUGUGAGGUAUGGCUGAGUGUGGACAUGACCUGCUGCACCUGCUCCAUCCUGCAUCUCUGUGUGAUUGCCCUGGACAGGUACUGGGCCAUCACCAAUGCCAUUGAAUAUGCCAGGAAGAGGACAGCUAAGCGGGCUGGCUUGAUGAUCCUCAUUGUCUGGACCAUCUCUAUCUUCAUCUCCAUGCCCCCUUUGUUCUGGAGAAGUCAUCGCCAGCUCAGCCCACCUCCCAGUCAGUGCACCAUCCAACAUGACCAUGUCAUCUACACCAUCUACUCCACAUUUGGGGCAUUUUAUAUCCCCUUGACUUUGAUACUGAUUCUCUAUUACCGCAUUUACCAUGCAGCCAAGAGCCUUUACCAAAAGAGAGGAUCGAGUCGUCACUUGAGCAAUAGAAGCACAGACAGUCAGAAUUCUUUUGCCAGUUGUAAGCUUACACAGACCUUCUGUGUGUCUGACUUCUCCACCUCAGAUCCCACCACAGAGUUUGAAAAGAUUCACUCCUCCAUCAGGAUCCCUCCCUUUGACAAUGAUCUAGAUCAGCCUGGAGAACGCCAGCAGAUCUCCAGCACCAGAGAACGCAAGGCAGCACGUAUCCUGGGACUGAUUCUAGGUGCAUUCAUCUUGUCCUGGCUGCCCUUCUUCAUCAAAGAAUUGAUUGUAGGUCUGAGCAUCCACACCGUAUCCACAGAAGUGGCUGAUUUUUUGACAUGGCUUGGUUAUGUUAAUUCUCUGAUCAAUCCUCUGCUCUACACAAGUUUUAAUGAAGACUUUAAGCUGGCUUUUAAAAAGCUCAUUAGGUGCCGAGAGCAUACUUAA